CCCACAGUUUACAUAUUGACCCAUAUCUCAGGACUGCCUAUAAAAACCUCUUCUACCCCUCCAACAGUGUGGAGCUGCCUUUGGAAGCCCCGGACCCCCAGCAUGAACAUCAUACUCCUCUCUACCAUCCUCGGAUUCCUUGCUUUAUCGCAGGCUGCCCCGUCUGAUCCCCCGAUUAGAUGGUGUUUGAAAUCAGACGCUGAGCUGCGGAAAUGCAGCGACCUCACCGCCAAAGCUCCAAAACUGGCAUGUGUAAAGAGGGACAGUUCUGAGGAAUGCAUCAAAGCAAUUAAGGAUGGUGAAGCGGAUGCCAUCACUCUGGAUGGAGGAGAUAUCUACCAAGCUGGCCUCAUCAACUACGACCUUCAUCCCAUCAUUGCAGAAGAUUAUGGUCAAGAUUCGGAUACCUGUUACUACGCCGUUGCCGUGGUGAAGAAGGGCACAGAGUUUAAGUUCAGUGAGCUGAAGGGUAAGAAGUCGUGCCACACUGGGCUGGGGAAAUCCGCGGGCUGGAACAUUCCCAUCGGCACGCUGCUCUCCAGGGGCAGGAUCGAGUGGACCGGCCCUGAGAGCAGUCCUGUGGAGGAGGCGGUGAUGAGCUACUUCUCUGCCAGCUGUGUCCCCGGCGCCCCUAAAGGCUCCAAACUGUGCCAACUGUGCAAAGGCGACUGCUCCCGCUCUCACAAAGAGCCCUACUACGAUUACGAUGGAGCUUUCCAGUGUCUGAAGGAUGGAGCUGGAGAGGUUGCUUUUGUGAAACACCUGACAGUCCCAGCUGUUGACAAGGCCAGCUACGAGCUGCUGUGUUUGGACGAUACGAGGAAAUCCAUCGAUAGCUAUAAAACCUGCCACCUGGCCCGAGUCCCCGCCCACGCUGUGGUCAGCCGCAAGGAUCCAGAUCUUGCCGCCCGCAUCUUUGAGCUUCUGAAGCCACUGCAGGAUGCUGGUCUGUUCUCCUCUGAGGGUUAUCCAGCCAAAAACCUGAUCUUUAAAGACUCGACCAAAAAGCUGGUGCAGCUGCCGGCGACCACCGACUCCUUCCUGUACCUGGGAGCUCAGUACAUGUCUACCAUCCGCUCUCUGAAAAAAGAGACGAGCACCGACAGCGCUUCCAGAGCUAUAAAGUGGUGCGCCGUGGGUCACGCCGAGACUCAGAAGUGCGACGCCUGGUCCAUCAACAGCAUGGACGACACCACCAGCAGCGUCAGGGUGGAGUGCCAGAACGGAAAGACUGUGGACGAGUGCCUCAGUAAAAUCAUGCGUAAAGAGGCUGAUGCUAUGGCUAUUGAUGGUGGACAGGUGUACUCCGCAGGUAGAUGUGGACUGGUACCAGCCAUGGUGGAGAAGUAUACCUCACAAUGUUGUGAAUCAGAUGUGUGCCCUGCAGGUGGUAAGUGCUGUAGGACCUCAUCAUCUACUCAACAUCUAGAGACCUGGAGAUGCAUGAUUAUAAUUGCUGUAAUCUUGUUGUAUCUUUCAGAGGACCCCUCCUACUACGCAGUGGCUGUAGUGCAUGCAGACUCUAAACUGACCUGGAGCACCCUGAGGGGUAAGAAGUCCUGCCACACCGGACUGGGCCGAACUGCCGGCUGGAACGUCCCGAUGGGUCUCCUGCACCAGGACACCGGAGAGUGUGACUUCUCGAAGUUCUUCAGUCAGAGCUGUGCUCCUGGUGCUGAUCCGAAGUCUAAACUGUGUGCUCUGUGUGUGGGCAGCGGGAAAGGUGUUGGGAGUGAGGAAGCCAAGUGUAAGGCCAGCACCGAGGAGCUCUACUACGGCUACAGUGGAGCCUUCCGCUGUCUGGUGGAGGGUGGAGGUGACGUGGCCUUCAUUAAGCACACGAUCGUAGAGGAGCACACCGGAGGAAAAGGCCCGGCGUGGGCGAAGAGUCUGAAGAAGAGUGAUUAUCGUCUGAUCUGCCCGAGCCACCCAGCAGAGAGUUUAGAGAUCUCCCAGUUCGCCAAGUGUCACCUGGCCAAGGUUCCAGCUCACGCUGUUGUAACUCGCCCAGAGUCACGCGCUGAAGUAGUGACCGUCCUCAAGGAGCAGCAGGCCAAGUUCGGCACUCUAACCCCCAACGCUCCGUUCAAGAUGUUCGAGUCGGCAGGAGGCAAGGACCUGCUCUUUAAAGACUCCACCAAAUGUCUGAAAGAGAUUUCAGAUACAAAGAGCUACAGGGAGUUCCUGGGCGCCGCCUACCUGAGCACCAUGGACACUCUGCGCCAGUGUGACAGCAGCAUGUCAGAUCUGGAGAAGGCCUGCACCUUCCACACCUGCCAGCAGAGCGUGUAGAGUCUGGAUCGCUUAACUAACACAGAAACACACCACCACUGCUCACCUGUCCCAGACUCACCUGUCCCAGACUCACCUGUCCCAGACUCACCUGUCCCAGACUCACCUGCCCCAGACUCACCUGUCCCAGACUCACCUGUCCCAGACUCACCUGUCCCACACUCACCUGUCCCACACUCACCUGCCACUCGCUGCUCUGACUCUACUGGAACUAUCUUGGUGUUACUGGUUUUCCAUUCUUUUUUUGCACAGUGCUGUUUGAAAUAAAAACAUAUAAAAAAUAUUAAAAA